AUGGCGUCCAGAUUCAUUCAAGACCUCAGCAUAGAUACGGGUACCAUCGCCAACAUCAUAGAUUAUCCACGGAAUGGUUUGAAGGUCAGUCUGAGUGCCACGGAUUAUGAAACCGAGAGAGUCCGCAAGGAAGCUCAAGAGCCGAAGAAAAGUGAAUUCAAGGAAGAUAAUGAAGAUGUUCCCCAUGGUGAUGAAAAAGAUACUGGUGAUAUUGGUGACAUCAGUGGUGAUGGUGAUGGUGAUGGUAAAGUGGAGAAUAGUGAUGAUGCCGAGGAAACUGCAGCAGCCAAGAGCAGUGAUGACCCUAUGGAGGGUGAUACAAUUAAGAAAAGUGAGGGUCCUGAAGAGGUCACGGCAAGUGUAACCAAGAAAGCUGAUGAACUGGAAGGCGUUCAACUUCAAGGUGAAGAAAUCAAAGGAGGUGAUGUUACUGGAGCAAAUGAUGAAGCAGAUGAAGGUGUUGAAGUUGAGGAAGCAGAGGUUGGUGAUGAACCCAACGAAGGUGAUGACCCCAUGGGAGAUGAUGAUGAGGUUAGUGACGAAUCGGAAGAUGAUCAAUCAGAGGGAAGUGACGAAAGUGAUUACGAUGACGAUACCGAUGACGAUGAAGCUCUGGAAGGUGUUGCAGCUAACGCAAGUGAACAAGUUGAUGGAAUUGAACUGGCCAACAUUGGUCUAAAAGGCAGGGAGGAAAGCGAUGAAGAAGAAAGUGAUACUGAUCAGGAUAGUGAUUUUGAAGAGGAGCAACCCAAGGCCAGUAAGGGAUUCAUCAGGGUAAUGACCCUCAGCCAAUCAUUUGGAGUAAUCAUUCAAGGUUCUGGAGCUACAUUGUCUCCACAAACUAAGAGGAAGGCUAGGUCAGGCAAAUACAUAAUGAUUCAACUGAAGAACGAACCAGAUAUACCUAAACACAGCAACGUGGUCAUCGAGCUGCAGCCAGACGUCUGCGAACUCUUCGGUAAGGAUGCUUACGAUUCAAUGGAGAAGGGAGACUGGACGAAAAUGAUUCAAGUUGCUAAGAAGAACGGAUAUCCGUACCCUGAGGUACUGAACAAGAUGCGGGCCAGCCUGGGUAAGGCUCCCAUCAAGAUAAAGCCGAGAAAUUAA